AUGAGGCCAAUCGACCUUGCCAGCCGCUCGGGCGUUGCCCUGAGAAGGGCCUUCCAAACCCAGCAGCUUCGCCAAGCAGCGGGCUCGAGACAAUACUCCAAUAUCACCUCCCUCCCACCAACAUACGAGAAGCUGCACAGCAAGUACACGGAGGUCCGCAGAGUGCUGGGCGCCCAGCGGCUGACGCUGGCCGAGAAGAUCCUCUACAGCCAUCUCGACAAUGUCGAGGAGUCCCUCCUCAACAACACCAACAAUGGCCGCGAUAUCAGAGGCAAGGCGAACCUCAAGCUCAAGCCCGACAGAGUCAACAUGCAGGACGCCUCGGCUCAGAUGGCUCUCUUGCAGUUCAUGUCGUGCAACCUCCCCCAGACCGCCAUUCCCGCGAGUAUUCACUGUGACCACCUGAUCGUGGGUAGCAAAGGUGCCGAUGACGAUUUGCAAGCUGGUAUUCAGACCAACCACGAGGUCUUUGACUUCCUUGAGUCGGCUGCCAAGAAGUACGGGUUGGAUUUCUGGGCUCCGGGUGCUGGUAUCAUUCACCAGACUGUCUUGGAGAACUACGCCAUCCCCGGUUUGAUGAUGCUCGGUACCGAUUCGCACAGCCCCAACGCCGGUGGCUUGUCUACUAUCACCAUUGGUGUUGGUGGUGCCGAUGCCGUCGAGGCUCUUGUCGGUGCUCCAUGGGAACUCAAGGCUCCCAAGGUCCUUGGUGUCAGACUCACCGGUAAGCUUAGCAACUGGGCUUCUCCCAAGGAUCUGAUCCUGCACCUGGCUGGCCUCUUGACAGUCCGUGGCGGUACUGGUUACAUUGUCGAGUACUCGGGUCCUGGUGUUGAGACACUGAGCUGCACUGGUAUGGCUACCAUUUGCAACAUGGGCGCUGAGAUUGGUGCCACCACCUCCAUCUUCCCCUACACCGAGGCCUCAGCCAGAUACCUCGAGGCUACUCGCAGAGAGCAGGCUGUCAGGAAUGCUGCCGCUUUCCAGAACUUCCCUGGCGCGGGCGCCUCUGAGGAUGCGUACUUCAGGUUCAAGGCCGACGAGGGUGCGCAAUACGACGAACUCAUCGAAAUCGACCUGUCCAAGCUCGAGCCCCAUAUUAACGGUCCCCAUACUCCCGAUCUUUCCACUCCCCUGUCCCAAUUCAAGAGCACAGUUCAGGAGCAGAAGUGGCCCGAGAAGCUUUCGGCCGGUCUCAUUGGUAGCUGCACCAACAGCUCGUAUGAGGACAUGACCCGUGUCGAAAGCAUUGUGAGGGCUGCUGAGGAGGCUGGACUGAAGCCCAAGGCUGAUUUCUACGUCACUCCUGGCAGUGAGCAGAUUCGUGCCACCCUCGAGAGAGACGGCACCCUUCAGACCUUCGAAAAGGCCGGCGGCAUUGUGCUGUCCAACGCCUGCGGUCCCUGCAUUGGUCAGUGGAAGCGCCAGGAUGGUGUCGAGAAGGGCACAGUCAACGCCAUUCUCACCUCUUACAACCGCAACUUCCGCGGCCGUAACGACGGUAACCUAGACACCAUGAACUUCCUCGCCUCGCCCGAGAUCGUUACCGCCAUGGCCUACGCCGGUUCCACCACCUUCAACCCCGUAACCGACUCCCUUACCACCCCCGAUGGCAAGGAGUUCAAGUUCCCUGCUCCCCACGGUCUCGAGGGACCCAAGACUCCCUUCGACAUUGGCAAGGACGUCUUUAAGGUCGCCUCCCAGCCCCCCAACCCCAACGAAAAGGUCGCCAUCUCUCCCACCUCGGAGCGUCUUGCCCUUCUCGAGCCCUUUGAGCCCUUCCCCAACUCUGACCUUUCCGGCCUCAAGGUCUUGGUCAAGGUAUCGGGCAAGUGCACAACCGACACCAUCUCCGCCGCCGGCCCCUGGCUCAAGUACAAAGGCCACCUCCCCAACAUCUCGGCCAACACCCUCAACACGGCCGUCAACGCUGAGACGGGCGAGGUCAACGUCGCCUACGAUCUCGAUGGAUCCAAGCACACCAUCCCCGAGCUGGCCAACCUCUGGAAGGAGCGCAACCAGCCCUGGCUCGUGGUCGCCGAGCACAACUACGGCGAGGGUUCCGCCCGCGAGCACGCCGCUCUGCAGCCCCGCUACCUCGGCGCCAGGAUCAUCGCGUGCAAGUCAUUCGCCCGCAUUCACGAAACCAACCUCAAGAAGCAGGGUGUUGUCCCCCUGACGCUAGCCAACGAGCAGGAUUAUGAUAAGAUUGCUGCCGGUGACGAGGUUGCUACUGUGGGCUUGUAUGACAUGCUCCAGAAUGGUGGACAAGGCGAGGUCCAGCUCAAGGUUACCAAGAAGGGUACUGGUGAGGAGUUUUUGGUCCCUGUCAAGCACCAGGUUAGCAAGGACCAGGCUGGGUUUAUUUUGGCGGGGAGCGCGUUGAAUCUAUUGAGUAAGAGUGCUUCUGUUUAG